UCUUUUUUUUUGUUAUAAUUAUCCAUUUAAAAUAAAAUUCGUAAAAUGUUGCUAUUCAUAAUUUAUUUUAACAUUGACUAAUAAUGGAUUAUAGUGUAUGUGAAAUAAGCAAUACUGUAAUGAUAGAUUCAUUGGAUGCUAUAAUUCAAGAAGAAAACUGGAAACUUGAGAUGGAUAAAAACACUGGUCUGCUAUCAAAGAAAUCAAAAACACCAAAGGUUCAACAAUCAUUUAAAGAAAAUGAAAACAAAUUUAAACAAAAUAUACCUCAUAGACAUCUUAGAAGUUAUUCACCUAAACGAAGUCAUUCAUGUGAUCGUGUAGAAGAAAUUGAAAGGUUGGCAAACUUAUUUACUCAGUCACCUAGCUUUUUUUCAACAAACAAUAAUAACAAUAGUAUUCAUGUCGAGUAUAAUCAAAGAACAUCUAAAGAAAAUUUGCCUAUACAAAGGCACAAUGAAUUUGAUGACUAUAAGGAUUUGGUCAAUUACAAAAAUAACAACAAUUCAAUUGUUCCAGAUAUCAAGGUGAAAAGAAAUGUACGAUUUGGAGAAUUUUCACCUCUUAAUCCAGCCAAUCAAGUAAAUGCUCAGCCCUUUUUAGGAAUUGGAGAAUAUGAUAAUAAAAAAAAGAAAAUGUUAGAAUUACAAAGGAAGGAAUACAUGGAAUAUGUAUCUAAAGUAAAACAAGAUAAGAACACUUCAGAUUUACCGAAAUUAGCAGAUUAUUCUUGCGAAGAAGCAUUUAAAACAGCAAUGGAAGAUAAUAGUAUAUCAGAUCAAACUAAAUCAGAUAUCAAAUCUAUACGAUACCAGGAAAAUAUAAAACAGCCAUUUGUAGAUGGAGCUGAAUCAUGUACAUCUGAUGAAGAUCAUGCUAAAGAAACUAAUCGAUUAAAGCAAGAAAUCUACAGACUUGAAUUAAGUAAACAGAUAGAAGAGAAAAAAAGGUUGGAAUUAGAACGAAAGCGUCAAGAGCAAAUGGAAGAUGAAGCUAUUGAAAGAAUGGCAAGGGAACAGGAAGAAAGAAUAAGGAAAGAAUAUGAACAAGAAAUGGAGAAACGAACUUUGGCUCAACUUCAGAAACAAUUGCAACAAGAAAAGUUACAAAAUGAAAUUAAACUAAAGCAAAAAGAAUUAGAAUUAAAAGCAAGGAAUGCAGAUAAAAUUGAAACAACAUCUCAACCAGUAUCCAUGCAUACACCUAGUUACCAUGAAUCAUUUGAAGAUCCUGAUGAAGAGGAGUUUCAUUGUCCCCCCGAGAGCACAUUUGACAAUGUACCUUUGCCAACUUCUCGUAUUCGAGUUCCAAGAAAAAUAGUGUAUGAUGAUGAACCUGUCAACAAAAAUACUAGAAACGUAUCCUGCAACACGGAUGUAAAUAGAAAUUCGCAUUUGAAUCAAAGCAUUUCUCCUCCAGCUUUAAGUAAAAAAAUAGAAAAAUCUCAUGUGACUUUUGCACAGGACAACCCUUCCAAAAGAAAUGAAUUCAAUCAUAUGGUUUUAGUGCCCGAUAAAAAGGCUGUGAUUAUUGAUUCACCAUAUACUCUUGCAUUAGCUGGGCUUAAUAAUUGCGAAGACAAUGAUGGGACUUGUGAAGCUAUUGAACCAACUGAAGCAGUUUAUAGAAAUCAGAACUACAAUGAAAGAUUGUUGGAAAAUAAUCAUGAACUUAUUGAUACACACUUGUUGUCAAACUUGGGAAGUAUAAGGAAACAAUUAGAUAUAGAACAUCAAAGAUUAAAAGAACAAGUAAGAAGAUCACAAUAACAUGGCAAUUUUAGAUGCCAUAAGAGAAUAUAUAGAAAUGCUGAAGUCAAUAAAAUUAGUUUUAUUUUACAACAAUAGUAGAAAAGUAACCGUAUUUUUUAUCAAUUUUAACAUAAACACAUUUUUAUCCAUUAAACAUUAAUUCUAUUUACA